UUGGCUGCCGCACCAGAGCUCCGCGGAUAGGCUGCACCGGCCCGGCGGCCGCCGCGCCGCCCCGCCUCCGACCCCGCCGAGCGCCCCCAUUGGCUGGCGGCCGGCGUCGCCCUCCCGGCGGGAGAUUCGCUGGGCGCGGGAAGCGGGGCUGCCAUGGAGCGGCUGCGGGAUAUACGCGAGCGUCUGCAGGCCUGGGAGCGCGCGUUUCGGCGGCAGCGCGGGCGGCGGCCGGGCCAGGAGGACGUGGAGGCGGCGCCAGAGGAGACCCGCGCGCUCUACCGGGAGUACCGCGCCCUGAAGGAGACCCUGGGCCAGGCCGGCGACGUCAGGCCUAACAGCUUGGGGCGUUCGCUUUCCGCGACGGCCGAAGAGACGCUGGAGCCCAGCUGCUGGGGGCCCCACCUGAAUCGGGCUGCGACCCACACUCCCCAUUCUACCUCAAGGCUGAGCCCUCAGGGAUCUGUGCAGGACUAUGGGAAGAGGCUUAAGGCCAACCUAAAGGACAGCCUGCAGACCAGGCCAGCCCUGGGCCGAGUACCUCGGCUUGAACGAACACCCUUCUCCAAGAAGUCCUCCCCAGGGUCUCCAGGCACAGCGGCUGCCCUCAUUUCUCCAGAAGAAGUCGGCAAGGUGCCCUCCCAGCUUCCCAGGCCCCAGCUGAGGUCAGGCCGGCUCCAGGAGCUGAGGGCAUCCCUGAGCUUGCGGCUGAGCUCCCUAGACCCUGGCUGGCUGCACCGGUGUCACAGUGGAACCCCAGAUUUUCCGGGGGUCCCCAGGGCCUGCGGGCCUGGCGGGGAUGCAGAGGAGUCACAGCUGAGUUCAGGUGUUCCGUGUGUGCUCAGUCCCAGCACUGGCCCCAGGGUACCUUUACUAAGCCCGGAGGUUCCAGCCCCACAAGCAGCUGGUGUCAGUGCAGGCAGUCCCCAGCCUGGUAACAGUCAAGGCAAGAAGCAGAGACUGAGUUGGGAGCUGCAGGGGAGCCCUGCACAGCCCCAGCAGGAUGGUAACCAAGGAGGACCCCCACCUGAGGGCGCUGCGGCUGCAGGGCACACAGAAGAUUGUCUAGAGGAGCCUGUGCGGGCACAGCCUCUCAGCAACCCCACCACCUCCAGGUAUCCCUGCUCUGGCCCCAAGCGGGGUUGCCUUCCGUUGAGUCAAGGCGAGCGGGCAUCGCGCACAGCCUGCCUGUGCAUCUCUUCUAGACCCGCCGUCCAGGACAGGGGGAACUAUGUGCGGCUCAACAUGAAGCAGAAGCGUUAUGUGCGGGGCCUGGCCCCACGUAGCAGGCUCCUCCGCAGGCAGGUGUGGAAGCAGAAGUGGCAGAAGAAAGGAGAGUCUUUUGGGGGCAGUCAGCCCAGGGCCACAGCCAAGGAUUCCUGCUUCCGGUGUGGGCAGCUCGGUCACUGGGCAUCCCAGUGCCCUCAACCAGAGCCUGCCCCUCAGAAGGAGGGUGGCAAGGAUGAGGAUGACACAGGGACUCUGCCCAUGUUAGAGGAAGUACCCCAGAGAACGGGCACCACCUGCUGCCAACUCCCUGGUGAGGAAGACACAGAGCCUGCAGGGCCUGAGCUGCCAGUGCCCAUGCAGUCGUCUGUGCCCAAGGCGCCCUGUCCACCGCCUCCUCCUGUGCCCCCACUCUACCCGCUGGGACCGUCAGGGCAGGUGGCAGACACCCCAGCCGAGGUGUUCCAGGCCCUGGAGCAGCUGGGCCACCAAGCCUUCAACCCUGGACAGGAGCACGUGGUCAUGCGGAUCUUGUCUGGUAUGUCAACACUGCUGGUGCUGCCCACAGGGGCUGGCAAGUCUCUGUGCUACCAGCUCCCUGCGCUGCUCUACUCCCAGAGAAGCCCUUGCCUCACGUUGGUCAUCUCUCCCCUCAUGUCACUCAUGGAUGACCAGGUGUCUGGCCUGCCCCCAGGCCUGAAGGCGGCCUGCAUCCACUCAGGGAUGUCGAAGAAGCAGCGGGACUCUGCCCUGCAGAAGGCUCGAUCAGCCCAGGUACAAGUGCUGAUGCUGUCGCCAGAGGCGCUGGCUGGGGCAGGAGCCGCGGGGCUUGCCUUCCUCACCCAGCUGCCCCCGGUUGCUUUCGCCUGCAUCGAUGAGGCCCACUGCCUCUCUCAGUGGUCUCACAACUUCCGGCCCUGCUACCUGCGAGUCUGCAAGGUGUUACGGGAACGCGUGGGUGUCAGCUGCUUCCUGGGUCUCACGGCCACGGCCACACGCAGCACUGCCCUCGACGUGGCUCAGCACCUGGGUGUGGCUGAAGAGUCUGUCCUCAGGGGGCAAGGCACCAUCCCUGCCAACCUGCACCUCUCUGUGUCCACGGACAGGGACCCAGACCAGGCUCUGGUGACACUGCUGCAGAGUGACCGUUUCUGUGCCCUGGACUCUGUCAUCAUCUACUGCAACAGGCGAGAGGACACCGAGCGUGUCGCAGCCCUGCUGCGCACCUGCUUGCGCUGGGCCCCAGAGGCCGUGGCCGAAGCCUACCAUGCAGGCAUGUGCAGCCGGGAGCGGCGGCGGGUACAGCGGGCCUUCAUGGAGGGCCGGCUACGGGUGGUGGUGGCCACGGUUGCCUUCGGGAUGGGGCUGGACCGGCCAGACGUGCGGGCCGUGCUUCAUCUGGGGCUGCCCCCAAGCUUCGAGAGCUACGUGCAGGCUGUGGGCCGGGCUGGGCGCGACGGGCAGCCCGCACACUGCCACCUCUUCCUGAGGCCCCAGGCCGAGGACCUGUGGGAGCUGCGCAGACAUGUGCACGCCGACGCCAUCGACUUCCUCGCCGUGAAGAAGCUGGUGCAGCACGUGUUCCCUGCUUGCGGCCACGCUCAGCAGCCCCUGGUGCCUGAGCCAGGCGAGAGCCAGGAGAGCUCGGCGGCCACAGUCCCCCGGGAUGCCGACCACCCCCACGUGGAGCUCACAGCCCGGUGCCCGGGCCACGAGCGGGCACUCCCAGUGCAGCCAAUGGUGCAGGCCCUGGAUGUGCCUGAGGAGGCCAUUGAGACCCUGCUCUGCUACCUGGAGCUGCACCCACAGCGCUGGCUGAAGCUGCUGGAACCCACCUAUGCCCGCUGCCACCUGCGCUGCCCUGGGGGCCCCACCCAGCUCCAGGCCCUGGCCCGCAGGUGUCCUCCCCUGGCUGCGUGCUUAGCCCAGCAGAGCCCUGAGAACACAGCUUCUGUGGAGUUCAAUGUGGUGGAGCUGGCAGACUCCAUGGGCUGGGAGCUGGCCCCCGUGCGGCGGGCCCUCCGGCAGCUGCAGUGGGACCCAGAGCCCAGGACAGGUGCGCCUGUCCCCCAGCCCUGCUUGCGGUGGGCUUGCCCGCCCACCUGCCCAUGUCUAACACCUUGUCUGGCAGGUCUGCCUCGGGGCACGGGGGUGCUAGUGGAUUUCCAGGUGCUAGCCUUCCACCUGCGCUCCCCCGGGGACCUCACCACCCAGGAGAAGGAUCAGAUCUGUGACUUCCUACACGGACGCGUGCAGGCCCGAGAGCGAGAAGCCCUGGCCCGCCUGCACCACACCUACUGGGCUUUUCACAGCGUGGCCUUCCCCAGCUGUGGGCCGUGCCUGGAGCAGCCCGAUGAGGAACGCAGUGGCAGGCUCAAGGCGCUGCUCCGCCGCUACUUUGAGGAAGAGGAAGCAGGUCCAGAGGGCAUGGACCAGCAGGGCCCCGAGCCAGGCCAGGCCACGCUCCAGGACUGGGAGGCUCAGAUCCGACGGGACAUCCGCCACCUGCUGUCCUCGUGGCCUGAGCAGCAGUUCUCAGGCAGGGCUGUGGCCCGCGUCUUCCACGGCAUUGGGAGUCCCCGCUAUCCAGCCCAGGUGUACGGGCGGGACCGGCGCUUCUGGAGAAAAUACCUGCACCUGAACUUCCACACCCUGAUGCACCUGGCCACAGAGGAGAUCCUGCUGUGGGGCCGCUGAGUGGCCUGCUGGGGGGACCGUGUCAGCACAGCAGAGAUGAGGCAUCGGCGGCCAGAACACUGUGUAGCCCCUCUGGACAAAGCCUACCACCGGGGCGCGGGGGCAAGGAGGCCUUAAAGCAGAAUAAAAGAUGCUCACGUCUCU